GCACCCGUCUCAAAAGAAACAAGUGUCUGCGAGUGCGCGAAAAGAAGUGCGACUCGUACCGUUGUGUUAUUUUCGUUUGUCUUGUACGGGAUGGCAGAGUCGAAGAAACGCGCCAGGCUGACACAGUCAAGGCUGAGUUUCCCAAAGUCUUCGCAGUCAUCCGCGAAACGCGGAGAUGCCGAGAAAAGCGGGUCCAGUGUAUCUACGGAAGAUCUUGAACGUAUGGUUAAUGACACAGUCUACUACCUUUUGAUCUCGGACCAGCACAAGGAGGCUAUCAAGAAGAAAGACAUACAGAAGCAUGUCCUGAACAACAGUGGAAAAGUAAUGCGCAGUGUGCUUGCCUCGGCUAAGAAGAAACUUGACGAAGUAUUUGGUUACGAAAUGGUUGAGCUUGACGACAAGCAAGGCUCAGUGAUACUUGUCAGCAAAAUCGACCUUUCUGACUACAGUCAGUUCCUAAGAAGGAGUGACAAAGAUCUUGCAAAGCAGGGUCUCAUAAUCAUUGUCUUGGCUCUUAUCCUCAUGAACGAUGGAACCGUUCGUGAAGACUCGCUGUGGAAAAUGCUGAGGUUUUAUGCCCUUGACCCAAACGUGACAGACCCAACCUUUGGCGAUGUGAGGAAGCUGAUAUGCACAGAGCUGGUCAAGCAAGCGUACCUCGAGCAGUCGGUGGUUCUCGGGUCCGAUCCGCCAUUGAAUCAGUACUACUGGGGCGUGCGGGCAAAGAAGGAAAUCUCGAAGCGCUCUGUCCUCGAAAUAGUUUGCAAGAUCAUGGGCCAGGGAGCACAACCAGAACACUGGGCGACUGUGUACGAAGAAGUUGUGCGUUCAGAGAACGCCAACUGACAAGGAGUUUAAAAUCAUUAUAUGGGCGUAUAUGCGCUAGGUAUAACACAUUUUAGAACGAAAUGUGUGUUACUGUUUGUAACUUGCGCCGUACUGCUGUUCAGAAUUGCUUCCUUUUUUGCACCAAACAAAAAAUUACGUUUUCACAAACCUUGUUGUAACUUUUAAAAAUCUUGCACAAGUAAGUUGGGUGUUGACAAAAAUUCCCAUAUUAUAUUUGAUAUCCACUCAGCCUUCAUUAUAUAGGUACAUUCCUAACACCAUAGCAGUUGCAAGACUAUUGUUUCGUUAUAUCAAGGUUUUAGUGUAUACUAUUCAAUUGAAAAAUUAUUCGAUCAAAUCACCAUUUGCUUCAAAUAUGCUUCAAACCUCAAAUUUACUAGCAUUUGCCCAUUCCUAUGUAACUGCGAAAACCUUCCUUUUGAGACACGAAUGCGUCCUCAUUUCUCGUUGACUGACUGAAAUCUUGAAGUUUUAUGAUGCUGGUUGAAUUAAUGGUAAAAGAUGUAAAUGUGAUUAUCUGCUUCAGACUUGCACACCAGCUAUAACCCUUGCAAAUGGUUUGGACUCUUGCACUGCAGUUUAUAGUACAUGACACAGGCAGUGGUGUCAAUUUAUCAUGAUUGGUGCUUUUAAGUGUUUGCUGUGCUGUAUUGUACAGCUGUAUAAUGAUCUUUUUUUUUUUCAACUUUACUUGUGUGUGUACAUUUCGAAAAGGGUGAAAUGCAAGAAUCGCUAGUGCACACGCUGAAUACUUAUUCGUACGGGCAAAAACCUGCCCAUAAUAGGAGUUUAUUCAGUCUUCCUUCACUGCAGUGUCUCGCAUAGGUUGAGUGCUAACACAGUGAGGGAAUUGCAUCUCAAGUCUUUUUCUUCAUGGCUAUGACUUGCCUCCUUUGUAAGCUUAAUUUAUUGCCCAGAAUUUGUUUCUUUUUCCGCAUGUUUCAAUAAAGGAUGCGUAGCUUUUAUAAACGAUUAAAAAAAAUUGGGGAGAGAAAGCGAUGUUGUGUUGUAUUUAUUUCUACUUCUUCAGCUUACAAAUAUGCUCUCAAAGUGAUGUGAAAGUAUGGACACAGAUGGAGCUGUUAGCUUUUUUCUUUUCUUUUUAGAUACCAUGUUCAAGUAUGUUGAAAA